UUUUCUUUUUUCCCCUCCCUCGUUGAGCAGGGGGAGUAGUCACAGCUGGAAGGAUAAUAAGAUGCGCAUGAAUUGACUGAAAUAAGCGAUAAAGGACAUUAAAUGGCCGGGUCGGUCCGUCUCAACAAGCCUUUACACGAGUUUUCAGUUGCUAUGUGCUUUAGUCAAGUUACGCGUUCGUCGGAGACUUUCAACAAAGUGCAGGUUAAACUUGAGACGUCGCUUUCCUCAGUUGAUGGAGAUUCAAAGUUUGCUCGGUCCACUCGCACUGGAAAGAAAUGCCUCCUUCGUUGACUGUGAAGGCUUCCUGUGGUCAGAGUGGAUCAGUGACUUCAUUAAAAACAAGGAGCACCACUUCAAAAUAUGACGUUUGUUGCAGGGCUACUCCAGAAUGUUCAGAAACUUUAUUUCAUGUGGUAAACGACAGUGCCGUGUGGCACCACUGAUUUAAGUUGACACUCUGGAAAAUCCCCCAUUUGUGACUCACUAAGACUGAUGAGUACCAAAGGUAUUCCCAGCCAAAUACCCCGUCACGGAACCCUGUAGUAUUCAACUUUGCAAGUUGCCAUUGGAAGAAAGCCAAUGUCUGCCUCCUCUCCCGCAUCCUUACCUCGAGCCUACCUCCACUCUCUCCAUCCGCACCAUCCGACCUUGCCAGCCAUUCUGUCCCCUUCCCCGGUUGGACCGUUCUACACACGGCUGUCCAACGGAAGCCACGAUGCCCCGAGCCCCACCAAUUCUCGUAGCUCUUUCCAUGGGGUGUCCUUCCUGCUGCAGAUUGGACUGACGAGAGAGACAGUCAACCUGGAGGCCAGUGACCUGUCGCUUUCGGCUGUCAAGGACCUGGUGUGCUCUAUAGUGGACCAUAAGUUCCCAGAGUGUGGCUUCUUUGGGAUGUACGACAAGAUCUUGCUGUUUCGCCAUGACCUAAAUGAUGAAAACAUUCUGCAGAAGCUGACCUCCGCGGAAGACAUCCACGAGGGAGACCUUAUUGAGGUGGUGCUUUCCGCUCAAGCAACAGUUGAAGACUUCCAGAUUCGACCCCACGCCCUCUAUGUCCACUCCUACAAGGCCCCCACCUUCUGUGACUACUGCGGGGAGAUGCUGUGGGGUCUCGUUCGGCAGGGGCUGAAAUGUGAAGGAUGUGGUCUAAACUACCACAAACGCUGUGCCUUUAAGAUCCCAAAUAACUGUACCGGUGUGCGAAAGAGACGUUUGUCCAAUGUGUCGCUUCCUGGACCGUCCCUCUCGGUUCCCCGACCGGUACCUGCAGAGAAUGCAGUGGUUGUCUUGGAUGAGCAGCAGCAGCAGCAGCAGCAAAGGUCGCAUCAAGAAGCAGGUAAGCGGAUUCUCUCCUGGAGCGGCAGGCCUAUCUGGAUGGAGAAGAUGGUGCUGGGUCGGGUCAAAGUACCCCACACCUUUGCUAUUCACACCUACACCCGACCUACUAUCUGCCAGUUCUGCAAGCGUCUCCUCAAGGGUCUCUUUCGCCAGGGAAUGCAGUGUAAAGAUUGCAGAUUCAACUGCCAUAAGCGUUGUGCUUCAAAGGUACCGAGAGACUGUUUGGGGGAGGUGGACUUCAAUGGCGAGCCAGCAAGCCCAGGCCCAGAUUCAGACACAACUCUCGAUACAAUGGAAGUGGACAGCAGUGACAUGGACGGCAGCAGAGGGCUAGAUGACUCUGAAGAGCGCUCCACUCCAGAUGAGAGAAUGUUUGACAUGGACUCUCCCUUUUUGGACCGAGAUAAAGAUGAGGAGCCCAUUAAGACUAUCAGCCCCUCCACAAGCAGCAACAUCCCAUUGAUGCGAGUGGUCCAGUCCAUCAAACACACCAAGCGGCGGAGCUCCACCUUGGUUAAGGAGGGAUGGAUGGUUCAUUAUAGCAGCAAAGACAACCUGCGGAAGAGGCAUUACUGGAGAUUGGACAGCAAAAGUCUAAGUCUAUUUCAGAAUGACACUGGGGCCAAGUUCUAUAAAGACAUCCCUUUGUCCGAGAUACUCCAGGUAGAACAGUCCAGAGACUACAGCAGUCUGGCCCAAAGCAGCAACCCUCACUGCUUUGAGAUCAUUACAGCCACCAUGGUCUACUAUGUGGGGGAGAACAAUGGAAGUCAUUACCACAGCCCUGCUCUGGCUGCCUCAGGAGUGGGCUUGGAGGUAGCUCAGGGUUGGGAGAAGGCCAUCAGACAGGCCUUGAUGCCAGUCACUCCCCAGCCUAGUGUAGCAAGUGCUGCAGGCCAUGGCAAAGAUCAUAAAGAGCUUUCUAUCAGUAUAUCUGUGUCCAACUGCCAGAUCCAAGAGAAUGUGGAUAUUGCUUCUGUGUACCAAAUAUUCUCUGAUGAAGUGCUGGGAUCAGGACAGUUUGGCAUAGUGUAUGGAGGUAAACACAGAAAGAGUGGCAGAGAUGUGGCCAUCAAAGUUAUUGACAAGAUGAGAUUUCCUACCAAGCAAGAGAGCCAGUUAAGGAACGAGGUGGCCAUAUUGCAGAAUCUGCAUCAUCCAGGUAUUGUCAACCUGGAAUGCAUGUUUGAGACGCCAGAGAGAGUGUUUGUGGUUAUGGAGAAGCUGCAUGGUGACAUGCUGGAAAUGAUCCUGUCGAGCGAGAAGAGCAAACUGCCUGAACGAAUAACCAAGUUUUUAGUUACACAGAUCCUAGUGGCCUUGAGACAUCUUCACUUCAAAAACAUUGUUCACUGUGACUUGAAGCCUGAAAAUGUUUUAUUGGCCUCUGCGGAACCAUUUCCUCAGGUUAAGCUAUGCGAUUUUGGCUUUGCGCGAAUCAUCGGUGAGAAGUCGUUCCGGCGGUCGGUGGUGGGCACACCGGCUUACUUGGCUCCUGAGGUCCUCCGUAGUAAAGGCUACAACCGCUCCUUAGAUAUGUGGUCUGUAGGUGUCAUUGUGUACGUCAGCUUGAGCGGGACUUUCCCUUUUAACGAGGACGAGGACAUUAAUGACCAGAUUCAGAACGCUGCCUUCAUGUACCCCCCUGCACCCUGGAAAGACAUCUCUACAGAAGCCACAGAUCUGAUCAACAAUCUCCUCCAAGUGAAGAUGAGGAAGAGGUACAGUGUUGACAAGUGUCUCAGCCAUCCUUGGUUGCAGGACUAUCAGACAUGGCUGGACCUCAGGGAGUUUGAGACACGACGAGGUGAACGCUACAUCACCCACGAAAGCGACGACGCUCGGUGGGAGGAGUACUCGGACGAGCACUGCCUGGUUUAUCCCAAACACUUUAUCAUGGCGCCCAACCUUGAUGAUAUGGAUGAGGAUCCCUAGUGGCACAGGGGACGAGAGAAAGAGGGAAAGACUGUCACACGGUGGGACUUUUUGCAUCAAACUGUGGAUUUCCGACCCUUGGAAAAAAGAGUGUGGGAAAACCCAGCACUGCUGCAAGUACUAAGCUGAGGAUGUGCGCCACUGAAAAACAUAGAGGAACUGUGAGGAGCAAUGAUACCCAAACAUUCCUUAAGGAUUGAGGAAGAACAUUCGUACCUAACAAUAACUUCAUGGUUGUAUUGUUUUAUUCAGUUUUGGUUCAUGUUGAGUAAUAAUAUGGCUCUGUUUUCUUUUUUAAAGAAUGUGAGGACAUUGGUUGAAAGAGAGCUUAUGUCCCAGGAGUAAAGGACACUUUUCACAAGGGAUUUAGGCUCUGAGAAUUUAUCCCAAAUACUGUAAGUUCUCAUUUCCAAACGUUUGUGAGGCUGUCCUUUGGCAUGAAACUGGAACUAUCAUGUAUGUAUGUUAUUUUAAUGUAUUUAGUAAUUGUGGUCGACUUUUGCACUAUAUUUGCAUUGAAUAUUGCGACGGAACAUGAAGUGCAUUUGCUGCUACAGAGGGCAUGCAUGGUCCGGGUGAGAAGUGUUCAACAAGGAUAAUCAAUCAACCUGAGAUGGUGUGUUAUAUCACCUGAGAUGGAUUGAAGAAGUUGUACUGUUCUUUAUAGAAAAAUAGUUCAGUACUGACACCACCAGUGGACUCUGUGAGGACAUUGUGUCUGUACUUACUCUUUCAACUGAAUGCAUUCCAAGUCUGGGAUAUGAAGAGGUGUCACUUAGAACAAAGUGUCCAUUCCAUUUUGUAAACUAAUCGUCUGUUUGAAAUGUUUCUUUUCAUCCAGUCGACAUUUUGAAAGGCUCCACGUGGCGUUCUGGGAGUACAUUACAGUUUUUCUCAGUGUCUUGUCUUUGUUGCCGCUGGAUUGGCAGGUGUUUUUGUACAUUUCAAUGCAUACCAAUGGAAAUAAACACUUCUUUACUGAGAAGGACAAUUAUGAAAA